AUGGGUAUGGGUCCGCCUAAGUCGGGAUCACCGAACAGAUAUCGGCUUACAUCACCCUUCUUCACCCCACCGGAAAAAUGGUCAGAAUAUUUCCAGUCCACUUGGGCCUACCUUCGCAGAUACUACACGAUUCAAGGCGCCGAUGGGCGUUCCUCGGCCCUCACCAUUCAAAUCUCCACGUUUGAAAGAGCACUUGAUUUCAAGUGCGUUGUGCAGGCUCUUAUCUAUUUUAACUCGAUGUGGCCGCAAGCCUUUAUUCCUGAUAAUAAGAACCGCGACAAGUCUGAACCACGUAUUGCUGUGGGACAAUCAUACAUCUCCCAUCAUCCCGAUUAUUGGUCUGCGGCUCCCUCUACAGGAAUGGUCUUUUUCUAUAUUAGAAAACCUUCCGAGGUUGGUGAGAGAUCGGAAGACUGGAUCCAGUUUGUCAUGAUGUUCGUCAUGGCCGCCAUCGAUAGCCCCUCGCUAGCACACCUACAGAGUCACUCCGUCACCCAUGCCGGUCUCCGCCAAUUCGUGCUGAGGGGUCUGGACUUGAUUUAA